GAGUCCGUUUAAUAUUAAAAACACAAAUAACAUAAUUUUACUGUUGUGCGCAAUAUACAGUAAAAUUAUUAAAGAGACACUUUUGUAAAAUGUGGGCUGGAGAGGUAAAGAAAGAUGUUGCAACUUUGAUGAUUCAUACAUACCCCUUGUGUAAGCACAGCGAUAUGCCAGAAGACAUGAAGCAAGAAGCUAUGGAAAUUUGUGUCACCGCUGUGGAAAAAUAUUCAGAGAAUUAUGAGCACGCAGCUCGCAUGAUCAAGGAUAAUCUGGAUAAAAAAUUUGGCCCGCCCUUCCAAGUAGUUGUCGGGGAGGCUUACGCAUGUGCAACUACUUAUCAAGAGAAAUCGCUAUUAUAUAUGUUUAUUGGAGGUAAUAUAGCAGUUCUUGUAUGGAGGACGGUUACUGGUUUUUGACGAAUUUUAUAUGUAAAGGAUAAAUAUAUAUUUUCAAAUACUGUUAUGUA